AUGUUAUCAGAAGAUAAUUGUCAUCUCUUUGAUUAGCAUAGGCAAUCUAUGAAAACUCACUUAUUUGGACCUGAGAGAAGUUUAAACAAAGUAGUAGCUAAGUAAUUGGAGGAUGAUUUUAAGAAAAAGUAGUCGGUUUCUUUUAAGGAUGAAGAUGAUAUCUUCAUCGUUGAAAAUUGGAAGGAGUAUAACGUAGAUGUGAGUAGUUCAAAUUUCCUUUAGAAAUAAAAACAGAAAUCUAAUUCUUAAUGUUUCAAUAUUUGCACUACUUUUUGA